UCGUUUCGAGUCUAGAGACCCUCUCUUUUUGUUCUCACUCACUCUCUCUCUCUCUCUCGCUCAACGAGCAGUCCAGUUUUCAAAGACAGUACACAGUUCUGGUGAAGACUUCAAAACAGCGAAGGUCCGAAGACUCGGAAGCACCUGAGGAGAGAGAGAGAGAGAGAGAGAGAAGAAGAAGAAGAAGAAGCAGCAGCAGAAAGUAUUCAAUCGUUGAACGAAUGGCAGAGAAGCUCAAAGUGCCUAUUAAUCCAUCGAUUUCUUCAGGCGAACAAACUGUUUGGGCCGAUGUUUCGUCUCUCCUCCAAUUCACUUGUAAAGAACUUCGAGAUGGUGAGCUUAUACAUGGAGAGAAUUUUAAUCUUUUUGCUGCCAUGUCUGCCCUGGAGAUUAUGGACCCGAAGAUGGAUUCAGGUAUUGUUUGUAGAUAUUAUUCUGUUGAUGAAGCUAUUGAGAAUGGUGCUGCUCCAGUCCCUUUGAGCAUGGAUAGAACUGUUGAUGUCCAAUGUACAAUUGACAUCAUGGACCAUCUUCUAGCAUGUGAGGCAACAUGGCACAAGGGUCAUUCAUUGGCACAAACUGUUUUUUCUUGCAUCUAUCUUCUGAGGCCAGAUAUAACAGCAUCUCAUGCAUUGUUGCAUUCUUAUUGCAAAGUCAUACGUGCAACAUGCAAUGCAGUUGUUUCAGUUGUCUCUGAUGCCCGUACACAUGAAGAAGAAGAUCUUUUUACAAUGACGUAUGGUCUACCUUUGAAAGGGGACGGAGAUGAAAAAUGCUUAUCACUGCUACAUGCAGUUGAGGAAACAAUUUCUCGCCAAUUGCGUGCUUGUAAAGCCCCGUUGUCAAAAAAGAGGGUCGUAGAAGGUUGCACUGCCUAUGUUAGUGCAGAUAUAGAGCCACUGCAAACAAAUCCAGACCUGGAAGAAGGCUACUGUAAAGCUUUGUUGUGCCGCAUUCGCUUUCGUAAGCACUUCAACCAUGUUCUUACAUCUAUGAAGCGAGCUCAAGGCAGAGGCUUGGAGCUAGCGAGAAAACAUAUAGCUUCCUGCUUAUCAGAGCUAGAAUGCAUUCUUAAAUCAUUAGAAUUCCUAAUGUCCAAUGCAUGUGGAACUUGUGGAGAUGGAAUAGGAGAUAAAACAACAGCUUCCGGUUGUCAACCAAUUGGGUUUGAUGCCACUUUGAACUGUAGAUUGUCUGCUCCUACUCCACCUCGGGCAAUUAAAAUUCUCAGCUGGAAAAAGGCAGUUGAAUAUUUCCAAAAACUUCUUCAUGAUCUAGACAUUAUAUGUUCCUACUCUUUGGACCCAUUAUUUGAAGGUGUUUUACGCUUUGUGGUUGAGUUCCAGAAAUUUAAACCCGAUUUGGUUGCAAGAGCUCAUCUCCAGCUUCUACUGGUUCAAGAUGGGAAACUCUAUGGACGGGAUCCUAUCUUUGCUGUGAUUUCUAAAGCUGCAGCAUUGCCUGAAGCCUCAAAGAACCAUGAUAUUCAAAAGAAUGAAGUUCUUGUGCAACUAGGGCAGCUAGUGAUCAGUUUGCUUAAAAUUAUUUGUACAAAUGCUGCAUGGCAGAGGCGUAAGCUUGGGAAAAUUUUACAAGAUUGGCGAGUCAUUUAUAUACAGCUAGAGUUGUCUUUUAGAAAGGAAUUUGGAGAGAUCUCAAGCACUUCAAUUGAUGAGAAUUUAUGCAUGAAGAUAUCCAAGCACAUCCUUGUCUGGGUAGAGGAGCAAACAUACUGGAUAGCUUCUCGUUUUCUCGUUUUGGGCUUUGAACUAGAGCUAUACUCACCUGGUGAAUACUGCAUGGUAUAUUGGUAUAUUUAUGUUGUCUGCAUCAAACUUGCAGAGAAAACACAUCUGAAGAUGUUGACAAGCAACGAAACUGGUAAACGGAAGGGGAAGAAGAAAAAAGAUGCUGUAAAGGAUCUGGCAAAAGAUUAUCAGAUCCCUCCUAUUGUCUUGCUACUUCAGUGCCAUAUAUAUCUUGCUGAAGGCCUCUCAAUGCUUUUCCAGAUGCUUGCUGCUCUGAGGAAUGAACACAAGGUCUUUCCAAGUGCAGGUCAAUUUAAUACUGAGCAUGAGAGAUUCAUUCAGCACUUUGAGCUUCUACAGAAAGCUUCCAUUCCCGAUCACAUAUCAUACCUAUCAUUUAAGGAAUCUACUACCCAUGCUCGUUUAUCCACUCUCGUUACGCACAAUUGUUUCAAAGAUGCUCAGAAGAUUGCGAAGGAGCUCAGGAAUAGUUUUUCCCAUGACCCAGAGAGAAUGGCAGAACUACGACGGAUUGAGCAGGUUGCAGAACACAAUGGUGUUGCCUUAAAUCUCAUAUCCCGGUUAGGGACUCUAGACCCAUCGCUAAAGGUCUACUUUGAAUUCAUCCACCAUCCAUACUUUGCUACGGCUGUCGUGAAGAGAUCUUAAAGGUAGUCUUUCAUGCUUCUGCCCCCAGUUUUGACACACAAUAGCCUUUCAUGGCAACCAAGUCUUGCUAUGUAGCAUUUUUAUCAUAUUUUUCUUCAAUUUAUUUUUAUCAAAUCAUUCUUUAGAUAAUACAAUACAUCAUCUGCUGUUAGGGAAGAACAAGUACAAUUUUGAUGUAUAAUUUAGAUUUUAUUGCGGUCAAUGUAUUAUAAACUGAGGUGUAUGGGAUAUUUGCAAAUCUUAGGCCAUCAUAACAAGGUUUCAAUUAAUUGACAGAAGUUUCGUUAGAGAUGCUAGGAAAAUUGAAAACUUUUUACA